AUGUUCCACCACUGCCAUCACCAUCACCCAAAUUCAUCCAACUGUUUAUCGCAUAAAUACGGCCUCCCUGUUGUCGCUCUAACUGUUGUUGUGUUCAAAUGUGCCACUAUAUAUUCUCCCUAUUUCCCACCCCUUCCUUCGUGCCAGUAUUACUACUCAUUUUCCUAG